AUGCAGUCGCCAUCAACGAUAGGUGAUUUUCCGCACUCUCCACCUUCGGUCCGUUCCAAACGCAACUUUGGGUUGGAAAAUCAGUUCGAGACAUUUAUGCAACAGCAGCAACAGCAGGCGGCAAAGGCGCGUGCUUCAGCCCCCGUCGCCAACAAUAACGCUACUCAACCUUCGAACAACACCACCACAGCCAACAGCACACGGAAUACUACACAACGACCCGGGGUAGCAGCAAGUUUCCUGUAUAAAUUAACGGAAUUUGCUGCCUAUACUUCAGCUUUCGCUACGGAGGCAUACCAAACGUUGACUGUUGGAGCGAAGGUUGAACAGGAGGUACUCAAUAAUGGAGCUUCUAGGUCACGAAAAGGUUACAGUCAAUAUUUCGAUGAGGACUUAAUGCAAAUUGGUGACAAUUCAGACGAUCCCGACACCAUCGAUGAGGAUAUUGUUGACCGUGGAAUCACUAGGAGCAACGGCAACCUGAACGGAGUUCUUGGGCAAUGGUCACCAACACAAUCAGCUCCAAAAGAUAAUAGAAUUUCUACUCUUGGUCUGCAGGAUUCUGCUACCGUGACAUCCUCCCCAAGACAAAUACAAUUUGCUACUACUUCCGUCGAGCCAAUGCAGCAAGAAUCUUCUCCAAUUGAUAUCUCAUCUACUACACCGCCUGCAUCCGCUAAGCGUAGGCAAAUUCGUGUGCGUCGUCCCAGACGACCGCUCCGUCGCAAAUCCUCCUCGAAUGAUAUUUCAGCUCAAAGGGGAUACGAAGAUCAAGACCAAAUGUUACUUAAAGUUAACGAGAAGCUGGCCGAUAUGAUCACUCAGGGUAAAGCCGCAUUGAGGAGUACCGUCAAUGUCACAGAAGUUGAAAUUAUGUUAGCUGAGGAAAAAGAGCGAAGCGAACGUAUAAUGAAAGAAGUUAGUCUUCAAGCACCGACCAAUCGACGGAGAAGGAACACCGGUUCUUCGUCAGAUUACGAUUAUUACGGAGGCUCAUUAUCAGACUCGGGAAGUUAUUCGGCACCGGAAUCAUCAUCAUACUGCGAUUACGGCUACGGUCCUUGUAGUGGCCCUGAAUCGCCAAAUUAUAGGCACUCGUCACCCAUUCAUCACAAUACGCCCACACAAUAUGGUUCGCCUGGAAUGUUCGGUCCAUCCGUCGGAUAUAACUUGGCAAUAAAUAGUGAUUACAGUAUGUUGGGUAGUGGAAGAUAUAUUGAUUCACCGGUGGGUGGUACAGGAAGUUUUCCUGGAAUAACACAGGCUUACAACGGUUCUUCGUCGUCGGGUCGAUUUGGCAAUGUGCCAUCAAACAGAUAUGGUGGUUCUAUGUCACCAAGUGCAUAUGGAAAUCCCGGUUCCAAUAAUGUUUAUUCGAAGCAAAAUGGGGGCCCUUAUACUGGUGCUAAUAACCAUGGAAUAUAUAAUAAUCGGGAAUUUUCAUACUGA